AAUAAAAGUGUUGACUCGGACAAAGAAGCUUCUAGCGUCGUCUUACGAUACACUGUCUAUCAGGGAAAAUGCUUUGGUGUGUGACUCUUAUUCUUGUCAGCUUUAUUGAAUCUCGAUCAGAGAGUUUACAGGUUAUUGGUCCAGAAAAGCCUCUUGUUGCUGUAGCUGGUGAAGAUCUGGUUCUGCCCUGUUUUAUCAAACCCAACACCAGUGCUGUGGACAUGACAGUGGAGUGGAUGAGAAUAGAGGAAGUGGCUUCAUUAGUGCAUCUCUAUAGGGAUCAUGAAGACAGAAAUGAAGGUCAGGCUCAGUCCUAUAGAGGAAGAACAUCACUGUAUAAAGAGGAGCUACAGAAAGGCAACACUUCACUCAAACUGUCAGCUCUCAGAGUCUCUGAUGAAGGAAAAUAUAAGUGUCUUGUUGAGGACAAAUCCUUGUAUGAUGACAUCACUGUGAAGGUCAUUGUAGAGGCUCAGGGAAGCCACCCAGUGAUAAUGAUGGAGAGUUAUGAUAACUCAGGAGGGAUUAAUCUAGUGUGUGAGUCCAGAGGCUGGAACCCUGAACCUGAUGUUCUGUGGCUGGACAGAGAAGGAGUCACUCUGACUGCUGAAGAUACACAGAUACACAGAGACACUGAGGGCUUCAAUGUGAAAAGCCACAUCUCUGUUUAUGAUUAUAGCGACUCUAACAGGUUUUACUGCAGACUUCAGCAACAACAUCACAUGAUGGAGACAGAGAUUAUCAUCAAUAGUAAAGUCUUUGGUGCUUGGAAGUGGAUUGUUGGGAUUUCAGUUUCAGCAUGUCUUAUUGCUGUUGGAUUGAUCGUAACUGCAGUUGUUUGUCACAAGAAAGAGAUGCAGAAGCAGUCCAAAGAGAGGCAGAUACAGAGACUGGAAGAUGAGAUGAAGAAGGAGAAGGAGAACACAGAGAGGCAGAUACAGAGGCUGUAUGUUGUGAUGAAGAACAAGGAGUACACAGAGUGGCAGAUAGAGAGGCUGUAUGUUGUGAUGAAGAACAAGGAGAACACAGAGAGGCAGAUACAGAGGCUGGAAGAUGAGAUUCAGAAGCAGUCCAAAGAGAGGCAGAUACAGAGGCUGAAAGAUGUGAUGAAGACUGAGAAGGAGAACACAGAACUGCAGAGACUGAGUGUGGAAUACGAGUUAUUAAAGAAGAAGAAGUAUGCAGUGGAUGUGACUCUGGAUCCUGAUACAGCAAAUCCAUUUCUCAUCCUGUCUGAUGAUGGAAAAGAAGUGAAACAUGGAGACAGACGACAGGAUCUCCCUGAUACACCACAGAGGUUUGAUACAUGGCCCUGUGUUCUGGGAAAUCAGAGUUUCUCUACAGGGAGAUUUUAUUAUGAGGUGCAGGUCAGAGGGAAAACUUACUGGAGAUUAGGAGUCGUGAGAGAGAACAUUAACAGGAAGUGGGAGAUUACACUGAAACCUCAGAAUGGAUUCUGGACUGUGGAACUGAGGAAUGAGAAUCAGUAUGAGGCUCUUGCUGAUCCCCCUGUCCCCCUCACACUGAGAGAGAAGGUGGAGGUUGUGGGGGUGUUUGUGGAUUAUGAGGAGGGUCUGGUCUCCUUUUAUGAUGUAAAGUCCAGAUCUCAUAUCUACUCUUUCACUGGUCAGUCUUUCACUGAGAAACUCUAUCCAUUCUUCUGUCCUUGGUAUAAUUAUGGAGGUACAAAUUCAGCACCACUGAUCAUCUCUCCUGUAUUUAAGACUGAAUGAAUUUUAACCUCACAAAUAUAAUCAUGUAUUAAAUGUUGUGAAUAAAAAGAAACAUUUUACUUUUUUAGUUAAAUUUUAGAAACACAUUUUCCCUUUUAAAAUGUUGUACAGAUUAUUUUAAUACCUGGUUUUAAUUGUAAUCCUAAAGUCUGUUUUUAUGAUUAUGUGACAUUAUGGUUGUGGAACUUUGUCAUUACAAAUCACAUAUAAAUAAAGAUCAUUUACAGUUUACUCUGA